AUGUCUCCCUUACCUACAGAUGGAUCUGACUCGACGGCUUUCGUGAAUUCGAACCACGGUUCAGAUGACCAUACUGACCACGAACUACCACCACCACCGAAUCCUUCAUCCGAUGCAGGUCUGACGGUUGACCCUUGUGCAAAUGAUCGUGGAGUUUCACCACCAUCUCCAAGUAGCAUCGAUAUAUUUACUCUUUCGCCGAUAACAGCACUUAAAUUGUUAUGUGCUGGUAUCGAAGCUCUAGUUCAAUUUACGGGAGAUAUUCCUCCCAUGCCAGCGUCGGCCGAAACGACGAUGCCAAAUAUGAGGGGAAUGCAGGCAGAGAAAGAAAAUAUACGACGGUCUGGAUCAUGGACAAACUUAGCAGGUUUUCGACAACGAACUUCUGGAUCAGAUGUUAUAGAUGGAGUAAAUCUUCGUCCGAAACCUCUGGAAACACAGCAUAUCGUGCCCGCAGAACCAUAUAUUAUCGUUGGAGAGAAUGCCGAGCCUUUGAAUGUUCAACACAGUGCCAUCACACGAAAAUUUUAUUCGAAGCAUCCUCCUCCGAUCUCUUUGGAAGACUAUCUGAUGCGAAUACACACAUUUUGUCCAAUGUCAACAGCUGUCUAUCUUGCAACAAGUUCCUACAUACACAGGGUGGCAGUCGAUGAAAGAGCCAUACCUGUAACAAGGCGAAACUCACAUCGACUCAUAUUAGCUGGGUUACGUGUGGCUAUGAAAGCACUCGAGGAUCAAAGCUAUGCUCAUGCACGCUUCUCAAAAGUCGGAGGAGUUAGUGAACAAGAGCUUUCGAAAUUGGAAAUCAAUUUUUGUUUCCUUACAAAUUUCGAAUUUAAGACGAGCAAAGAAGCUCUCUUACAGCACGCGAUAAGUCUAAAGGAAUUAUCGUCUUUACAGGGGGGAGUGAAUUUCGUCCCGAAAAUGUCACUCUUAAAUAAGGGUAGACCAGGCAUGGCUGCACAAGAGACAGUGUUAGAAGUAACGGCGGAUGCUUAG